AUGAACUUCGAGGAAGCCGAAGAAAUCAACGGGGUUCGUUUUGCGUGGAACGCGUUCCCUGCCACCAAGGGCGAGGCCGGCAAGAUUGUCGUGCCCACGGGGGCUCUCUACACCCCGCUCAAACUCCGCGACGACUUGCCCACCGUCAACUACGACCCGAUCUUCUGCUCCAACCAGAACUGUAAGGCGAUCUUCAACCCUUACUGCAACAUUGACCCCACCGGGUUCUGGAGAUGUCCUCUCUGUCAGGCUCGCAACCAGUUGCCGGGCCACUACCACGGGAUGCUGCCGGAAAACUUGCCCGUGGAAUUGCAACCCACGUCGCUGACGAUUGAGUACAUUACGCUGAGACCGGUGCAGCAACCGCCUAUCUUCCUCUUCCUUGUCGAUUUGUGUCAAGAUGAAGACAACUUGAAGGCGUUAAAGGAAACCUUGGUGACCUCGUUGUCGUUGUUGCCCCCCAACGCCCUUGUGGGGUUGAUCACUUUCGGCACCAUCGUCCAAGUGCACGACUUGGCCCUGGAAAAGAUCGCCAAGCUGUACAUCUUCCGUGGUGACAAGGAGUACACCGAGAAGCAGAUCUCGGAGAUGUUGGCCAAGCCCACGCUCAUGCCUCAAGGCCAGCAGCCUCAGUUCGCCAACCUGUUGGUGCGGUUCUUCCUCCCCGUCGAAGAAGUUGAAUUCCAAUUGACCAACGUUUUGGAAAACUUGCGGGUGGACUCGUGGCCCGUGAAGCCCGGUCACCGUCCCUUGCGCUCGACCGGUAGUGCCCUUAACGUGGCCGUUAACCUCUUGGGCCUGACCUACCCUGGCUUUGGUGCUCGGGUGAUGCUUUUCCUGGCCGGUGCCGGUACUCUCAACCCGGGUUUGAUUGUGGGUGACCAAUUGAAGGAACCCAUCCGUUCGCACUCCGACAUCGACAAGGACAACGCCAAGCACUACAAGAAGGCGUUGAAGUUCUACGACGGACUUGCGGCGAAGGCGGUGAAGAACGCCCACACCGUCGACAUCUUUGCCGGUUGCUAUGACCAGAUUGGGUUCAUGGAAAUGCGCAACUUGGCCAACAACACCGGGGGUACGUUGUUGCUUUCAGAUGCUUUCACCACCAACAUCUUCAAGCAGUCGUUCUUUAGAUUGUUCAACAAGGACGCCGACGACUACUUGUUGAUGGGUUUUAACGGUACCUUGGACGUGAAGACCUCGAGAGAACUCAAGGUGCUGGGUUUAAUUGGCCACGCCGCCCUGUUGGGUAUCAAGCUGGCCAACGUGCUGGACAACGAGCUUGGUAUUGGUGGCACCUCGUCGUACAGAAUGUGUCUGAUGCUGCCGCGUCACACUUACGGUAUCUUCUUCGAUGUCGUCAACACCCAGGCGAUGCCCCAGAACUCUCAACUGUACAUUCAGUUUAUUACCCAAUACCAACACUCGCUGGGUAGCUACCGGAUUAGAGUUACCACCUGUCUGAACUUCAUGACUCUGGAUGAGCAGACAUUGACCCAGCUGUUCGACCAAGAGGCAGCCGCGGUGCUCAUGGCUCGGGUGACGUUGUUCAAGCUGGAACAAGACGACGGUGCCGACGUCUUGCGUUGGGUCGACCGUAUGCUUAUCCGGUUGUGCCAGAAGUUUGCCGACUACCGCAAGGAUCAGCCAGAGUCGUUCCGUCUCGGCAACCAGUUCUGGUUCUACCCUCAAUUCAUUUAUUACUUGCGCCGGCUGCAGUUCUUACAAGUGUUUAACAACUCGCCCGAUGAAACUGCUUUCUACCGCCACGUGUUAUUGACGGAAGACACCAACAACUCGUUGACGAUGAUUCAACCAUCGUUGACGCUGUACUCGAUGGACGGCGAGCCCGAGCCUGUGUUGUUGGACUCGGUUUCCAUCAAGGACGACCGGAUCUUGUUGUUGGACACGUUCUUCCACAUUUUGAUUUUCCACGGGAAAACCAUUGCUCAAUGGAAGGCGGCGGGGUACCAAGAUCAACCCGAGUACGAGAACUUCCGCCAAUUGCUUGACGAACCCAAGCAAGAGGCUAAGGAGUUGUUAGUGGAUCGUUACCCCUUGCCUCGGUACAUUGUCACGGAAGAGGGCGGGUCCCAGGCACGGUUCUUGUUGUCGAAGCUUAACCCCUCGACUACGUACAACUCCAACGAGUUCGCUACGCAAAACGGUGCCAUUGUCUUGACUGACGACGUAUCGCUUCAAGUGUUCAUGGACCAUCUCAGAAAAUUGGUUGUGAGUGGUAGCUCGUAG